AUGAAGCUCAACCUCUCCUGCUACCUGGUCACCGACUCGACCCCUCCCAUUCUCAAGGGUCGAGACCUCUGUGCAGUGGUUGAAGAAGCCCUCAAAGGAGGUGUCACGGUGGUCCAGUACCGAGACAAAAAGAGCGACACCGGAGACCAAAUCCACACCGCGAAGAAGCUGCACCAGAUCACCACUAAGUAUGGUGUGCCUCUGCUGAUCAAUGACCGCGUGGAUGUUGCGCUCGCUGUCGGCGCCGAGGGCGUGCAUCUCGGUCAAGAUGACAUGACCAUUGAGGAAGCCAAAAGGCUCCUCCCCAAAGAUGCCAUCAUCGGCAUCAGCGCCUCGUCCAUCGAUGAAGCCCAGAAGGCCAUCGCCGCGGGUGCAGACUACCUAGGCAUUGGAACCAUGUUCGCAACUCCAACAAAGACAAACACCAAAUCCAUCAUCGGGACCGCCGGCACCCAGGCCAUCCUCGAUGCCAUUUCCGAAACAGGCCGCGAUGUCGGCACCGUCUCCAUCGGCGGAAUCAAUCUGUCCAACGUGCAACGCGUCCUGUACCAGUCCAAAGCACCGCGCAAGGGUCUGGACGGGGUCGCCAUCGUCAGCGCCAUCAUGGCCGCGGACGAUCCGCGCGCUGCUGCGGCCGAGUUCGUCCGUCGCAUUGCUACGCCGCCGCCGUUCGUCGCUGGCCCAGCCGCUCCCAUCAAUGGGCUCUCCGAGAUGCUAGACACGGUGCCCGCGAUCGUGCAAAAGAUGGUCCAGACGCACCCCCUGGUGCACAACAUGAUCAACUUUGUCGUGGCGAACUUUGUCGCCAACGUUGCGUUGUCCAUGGGCGCUUCCCCCAUCAUGUCCCCGUACGGCGAGGAGGCGGUCGAUCUCUGUCAAUUUGACGGCGCCCUCCUCAUCAACAUGGGCACCUUGACCAGCGAGAGCGUCUCGAACUACCUCAAAGCCAUCAAGGCGUACAACGAACGCGGCAACCCGGUCGUGUACGACCCUGUCGGCGCGGCAGCGACCCAUAUCCGCCGCGGGGCCGUGGCCCAGUUGAUGGCCGGCGGCUACUUCACCCUCAUCAAGGGCAACGAGGGCGAGAUCCGCCAGGUCUCUGGCAGCAGCGGCGUGACCCAACGCGGUGUCGACAGCGGACCAAGCAGCCUCGAUAGCGCGUCCAAGGCCAAGCUUGCUCGCGACCUGGCCCGCAGAGAACACAACCUGGUCCUCUUGACCGGCUCGACCGACUACCUUAGUGACGGCGAGCGGGUUCUGGCCAUCGAAAAUGGCCACGAGCUUCUUGGCCAAGUGACAGGCACCGGCUGUGCUGUUGGCACCGUUGCAGGCUGCUUCCUGACUACCCAUCCGUCCGAUAAACUCCUUGCCGUCCUGUCGGGACUUCUGAUGUACGAGAUUGCUGCCGAGAAUGCAGCGGCGAGAGAAAAUGUGCGUGGACCGGGGAGUUUCGUGCCGGCGUUCCUGGAUGAAUUGUACGUCAUCCGACAGGCUGCGUUGGCAGGAGACAGCAGCUGGUUCGCUGGACGGGCGAAGGUGCAGGAGAUUUCUGUGUAG